UCAUUCACUCGCCCCUCUCCCUUCACUCUCUCCCCCUCUCUCCUUUCUUCUCCUUCUUUCACCCUCUGUCUCUCACACCCCCUCCAUUCCCCUGUCUCCUUUCUGACACUGCACUGCAGCUGCUCCUCAGCCCUGCCCCCUCCCCAGUGAGAACAAACCAGCAACAUUGCUUUUUUUUCCUAAAGAGAUUUCUAUUGAUCCGAAAAAAAAAAAAAAAAAAAAAACCCUUAAGAAACCCCAAACGCAAAAAAAAAGAAAAAAAGCCAAAACAAAAGGGAGAACCUUCUCCCCGUAGCAGCGGCAGGAACUGCAAACAUGAUGGCGGCAGCUCCCAUCCAGCAGAACGGGACCCACACUGGGGUUCCCAUAGACCUGGACCCGCCGGACUCGCGGAAAAGGCCGCUGGAAGCCCCCCCUGAAGCCGGCAGCACCAAGAGGACCAAUACGGGCGAAGACGGCCAGUAUUUUCUAAAGGUUCUCAUACCUAGUUAUGCUGCUGGAUCUAUAAUUGGGAAGGGAGGACAGACAAUUGUUCAGUUGCAAAAAGAAACUGGAGCCACCAUCAAGCUGUCUAAGUCCAAAGAUUUUUACCCAGGUACUACUGAACGAGUAUGCUUGAUCCAGGGAACAGUUGAAGCACUGAAUGCAGUUCAUGGAUUCAUUGCAGAAAAAAUUCGAGAAAUGCCCCAAAAUGUGGCCAAGACAGAACCAGUCAGCAUUCUACAACCCCAGACCACCGUUAAUCCAGAUCGCAUCAAACAAACAUUGCCAUCUUCCCCAACUACCACCAAGUCCUCUCCAUCUGAUCCCAUGACCACCUCCAGAGCUAAUCAGGUAAAGAUUAUAGUUCCCAACAGCACAGCAGGUCUGAUAAUAGGGAAGGGAGGUGCUACUGUGAAGGCUAUAAUGGAGCAGUCAGGGGCUUGGGUGCAGCUUUCCCAGAAACCUGAUGGGAUCAACUUGCAAGAGAGGGUUGUCACUGUGAGUGGAGAACCUGAACAAAACCGAAAAGCUGUUGAACUUAUCAUCCAGAAGAUACAAGAGGAUCCACAGAGUGGCAGCUGUCUCAAUAUCAGUUAUGCCAAUGUUACAGGUCCAGUGGCAAAUUCCAAUCCAACCGGAUCUCCUUAUGCAAACACUGCUGAAGUGUUACCAACUGCUGCCGCAGCCGCAGGGCUAUUAGGACAUGCUAACCUUGCUGGCGUUGCAGCCUUCCCAGCAGUUUUAUCUGGCUUCACAGGCAAUGACCUGGUGGCCAUCACCUCUGCACUUAAUACUUUAGCCAGCUACGGAUAUAAUCUCAACACAUUAGGUUUAGGUCUCAGUCAAGCAGCAGCAACAGGGGCCUUGGCUGCAGCAGCUGCCAGUGCCAACCCAGCAGCAGCAGCAGCCAAUUUGUUGGCCACCUAUGCCAGUGAAGCCUCAGCCAGUGGCAGCACAGCUGGUGGUACGGCGGGGACAUUUGCAUUAGGUAGCCUGGCUGCUGCUACUGCUGCAACCAAUGGAUAUUUUGGAGCUGCUUCUCCCCUAGCUGCCAGUGCCAUUCUAGGAACAGAAAAAUCCACAGAUGGAUCAAAGGAUGUAGUUGAAAUAGCAGUGCCAGAAAACUUAGUUGGUGCAAUACUUGGCAAAGGAGGGAAAACAUUAGUGGAAUACCAGGAGUUGACUGGUGCAAGGAUACAGAUCUCCAAAAAAGGAGAAUUCGUACCUGGCACAAGGAAUCGGAAGGUAACCAUUACUGGAACACCAGCUGCAACACAGGCUGCUCAGUAUUUAAUUACACAAAGGAUCACAUAUGAGCAAGGAGUGCGGGCUGCCAAUCCUCAGAAAGUGGGUUGAGUGCCCCAAUUAUACAUCAGAUUGUUUUAACCCCUCCUUUACCCCAUUUUCAAGAAGGAUGUACUGUACUUUGCAGAAGUGAAGUUUUUCUGUUAUUAAUAUAUAAUUAUGCAAAUGAAUGCGACUAUGUUGACAAUGUGUAUAUGUAAAUAAUAUGUGUUUUACCAGAUGUUUCAUAGAAAGAAUUUUUUCUUGAUCUGUUUUGUUCUCUAUACUUUGCUUGUGUAUAUUUGUCAGAGGUGUUUCUAGUGUAAGAUUUAAGCCUGCCAUUUUACCAGCAUUAUUGUAGUUUAAUGAUUGAAUGUAGACAGGGAUAUGCGUAUAGUUUUCAGUAUUAGUUCUAGAUAACACUAAAUUAACUACUGUUAGGUUGAGUAUGGUGGGGUCAGUGACCUAAAAUGGAGUGAGGCCAAAGCACUGUCAUGUAAGUCUUACUUCCUGCUUAGGGCACAGUGAAGUAGGAAACAAUAUUUUGAAAAUAAGUUUUAAAUUUAAAAUGAUCAAAAAGCAAUAUAGUUGCAUAAAAGCACUGUAAAAUAUUUAAAAGGUUAAAACUGUGGAAAAUUAUAUUGGUAAGUUUACAGAUCAAUAAAAGCACCUGUUCUCCAUCUGAACUAGACAAUGGAAAUAAUGCUGCAUGCUGGCCAUGGCCCAUUCUUCAUCAUUUGUAAGUUCAACAAAAGUUCUCACAUGGAGUCCCACCUCUUCAGAGGUUUGUACAUUUGUUUUUAAGCACUGAAUUCACUACUGAUCCCAUCGCCUGGCCAGUAGAACAGUCAUUACUCCAUUAACAUCCUCACUGUUUAGACACAUAACUGUGGUACAGUGUAUUGGAAAUUUUAUAAACAAAAGUGAAAGUGCCAACAAAUUAUUGAUAGCUGAUAAUGUUUCAUUAUCUGCAACUGCUUGAUAAGUAUGUUGCAUUUUAAGAGCUUAUAAUUGUGUAUAAUUUGUUAACACUAGAAACCUAUUAGUAUUGUGAAUGUAGAUUUUACUGUGAAGCUAUCUGUGAUUUAGCUGUUUGCUCCCAUGAUGGAGUCUUUGCAGCAUGGCGCUAGCAGCCAAUGCAGUUUCUAAUACUCGGUAAUUUGCAUGUUUUGUGGAGCAUUUUUAUGUCACCAACCAGACAGUAUUUCCUGCAUGCUUAUUUAGAAGAGGCAGUUUAUCUUGAGAGGUAGUGUGAUCUACCUUUGUCAGGCUUUUUGACAGGUCAUUUCAAAGUAAGCCUUUGUUCCCAAGACCCAACAACUGUCACCCUCUUCUGUACCUCUCCUGAGUGCCAACUGUCCAGGCCAUUGACACACCAUCUGUUAACCUCUGAGUUUGCCCACUCAAGGCCACUCAUAGGGGCAUCCAUCCCCAAGCACCUCCUCAUGCUGUGCAUGCAGUCUUAAAUUCAAUGGACAAAAAUAAAAUGCUGGCUACCUCUGGAUCAUCUGGCUGAGCAACUGAAUUACAAAAGAGAAUUACUUCCAUCUCAACUUCAACCCAUUGAUUACGUCCAUCCUAGCAAGCUAAAUGGCAUCCCAGCUGCUCCUUUCUGUGCAACCAAUUAAAGAACAAUGAGUGUGAUGCUCCAUGUCUGAAUUUCGUCCAGCCUCUCUCUGAACUGUGAUCUUUGUCCUCAUGAACUUUCCCUUUUGUUCAUUGAACUAUAUGGACUCUUCAUUUCAUAUUGAUUUACUGUGCAAUUUACUUUUGGACAUUGAGAACUUGAAAUUAUUUCCUGAUCCCUUCCCCUUCCACUAUUAAUAAUUCAUUUCUGUCAAACUGUAAGAGUAGAUUCAUUUUUUUUUUAGUUUUUAACAUUGGACUGUUAUUUCAUUUAGAGUUCUCUAUCUCUAAAUAUUUAUUUAGAGAAUGAUUUUAAAAGGGAAUGAUAUGCUUGUUUAAAUGAAAGAGAAAAGCUGUAGUAAACUGUGUUAAUUGGUAAUGACUAUUUAUCGUCGAUACUCUGUAGCUGUGUAAGUUUUGACAAAUAGUGUAUCUCGUGGAAUCAGUGGUUAGCAUUGCCGCUAUUAUAUUUACUCAUUUUAUCAUUAUAAAUGUGCUUAGUUCAUCAUGUAGCA